ACAAUUCGAUAAUCGAAACCGAAGCCAUUGUAUUAUUUUGCUCGCAUUACUCGGCAGAAUUUUUUGACAGCUUUUAAAAGGCACCGUAUCAAGUCGGACGAAUAAAAUAAAGAAAAUUCGCUUCUAAUUUUAAAAAACAAAGAAGAGCAAUGGGUGGUCAAUCGGAGAUUCAGGAUGUGGAAAUGGAGAAUGCAGAUGGUGUAGUCGACGAUCCAGAAACGCAGAAGAAAGAUGCUGAUUUGUUGUCAGUUCAAGAGAUUCGAGAUCACGUCCGACAAAUUGAAAAGGCUGUGGUCAGCAAAGAGCCCAGAUUCAUUUUACGUGUUCUCAGAUCAUUACCGAACACUCGACGAAAGAUGAAUGCGAUCGUGCUGAGAAGUUUGGUCAAUAAUCUGUAUCCCGCUGGACCGGAAAAGGAUGUUAUGCUGAGUUUUGUUGAUCCAAUUGCAGCGGCCGAACCUGAAGUAGCCCGUGGCAGAAUCGUUACAAAGAGUCCAUUGCCAGAAGUCGACGCCUAUUUGAACUUGUUAAUUUUGGUGCUGCUAAUCGAUAACAAUCAACUACAAAAAGCCCAGCAGUGCACCGAUAUAUUGAUGAAGAAAACGGUUUCGCAGAAUCGUCGAACCUUGGAUUUAAUCGCAGCGAAAAGUUACUUUUAUCACUCUCGUGUCGCUGAACUAAAUGGAAGCCUCGAAAACAUUCGGAAUUUCCUUCACUCACGCCUUCGAACAGCUACUUUGAGAAACGAUUUCGAAGGCCAGGCGGUCAUCAUCAACUGCUUGUUGCGCAAUUAUCUACACUAUUCGCUGUACGAUCAGGCGGACAAGUUGAUUAAAAAAUCGGUGUUCCCGGAAACGGCGAGCAACAACGAAUGGGCCCGAUUCCUCUACUACUUGGGUCGUAUCAAAGGCGCCAAACUUGAGUACAGUGUUGCCCAUAAACACUUGGUGCAAGCUCUUCGAAAGGCACCACAAAACGCUGCGAUUGGAUUCCGUCAAACUGUCCAAAAAUUGAUCAUCGUCGUAGAGCUGCUUCUUGGAAAUAUUCCCGAACGUCAGAUAUUUAGACAAGCGCCGUUGAGACGAUCUCUGGCUCCAUACUUUCAGCUAACACAAGCGGUUCGUAUGGGCAAUUUGCAACGUUUCGGCGAAGUGUUAGAGAAUUUCAGUCCCAAGUUUCAACAGGACAACUCCUACACGCUAAUUAUUCGAUUGCGUCACAAUGUCAUCAAAACGGCCAUUCGUUCGAUUGGUUUAUCGUAUUCCCGCAUCUCACCGCAAGACAUUGCUAAGAAGCUUGGAUUGGAUUCAGCCGAAGAUGCUGAGUUUAUUGUGGCCAAAGCAAUCCGAGAUGGUGUCAUUGAAGCAUCGUUGGAUCCGGAAAAGGGAUACAUGCGCAGCAAGGAAAGCACCGAUAUUUACAGUACGCGUGAGCCGCAGCUCGCUUUCCAUCAGCGAAUAUCGUUCUGUUUGGAUUUGCACAAUCAAAGUGUGAAGGCGAUGCGUUACCCGCCCAAGUCGUACGGCAAGGAUUUGGAGAGUGCAGAAGAGCGCCGAGAACGUGAACAACAAGACUUGGAAUUGGCUAAGGAAAUGGCUGAAGAUGAUGAUGACGGAUUCUAAGUGUAUCAACAAAUAGAACGUUGGUUCGGUUUAAGUUGUGUAAUCAGCGCUUCAGAAUUGUAAUAACCAAGUGUUUGCUAAUAAAAAUUAAUUUUCUUUU